UCUUCAUUUUCUUGACGGAAUGAGGAGAAAAUUAUUUUGAUGAAGGAUUGACCACGAUUUCUCUAGCCACAAUUUUACCGGGAGAAUUUCAUCAGGUUUAGUUAAGAUGGCGCCAAAUGCCAGUGUCGCAAGUUCAUGUCCCGCACCCAUGCACGCAACCUCGAAUGGGGUGUUCCAGGGUGAUAAUCCUCUCGAUUACGCGCUCCCUCUUGCCAUCUUACAAAUACUUCUUGUGGUUGUAGUUACACGAGUUCUUGCUUUUCUUCUCCGCCCCUUACGACAGCCUCGUGUCAUCGCGGAGAUUGUUGGAGGAAUCUUGCUUGGCCCUUCAGCUCUCGGUCGCAUCGCGAGCUAUCGGAAUGCCAUAUUCCCAGCCAAAAGUCUAACAGUGUUGGAUACAUUGGCCAAUCUUGGCCUUCUCUUCUUUAUGUUCCUUGUGGGCCUUGAGUUAGAUCUUAAGGCUCUCCAUCGGACUGGAAAGAAAGCUUUUAGUAUAGCUCUUGCAGGGAUUAGUCUGCCUUUCAUAUUAGGCAUUGGUACAUCGUUCGCGCUCCGAGCAACAAUUUCCAAAGGUGUACAAGGACCCGCGUUUCUUGUGUUCAUGGGAGUGGCUCUUUCAAUAACUGCUUUCCCUGUCUUGGCCCGUAUUCUGGCUGAGCUCAAGCUUUUAACCACCGAUGUUGGUCGAAUGGCGAUGUCUGCAGCGGCUGUAAAUGACGUCGCUGCUUGGAUCCUUCUUGCUCUUGCCAUUGCCCUCUCGGGUGACAAAAGUUCACCCCUCGUGUCGUUAUGGGUUUUCUUGUGUGGCUCUGCUUUCGUUUUGUGUUGCGCAUUUGGCGUCCCGCCCAUAUUCAAAUGGAUGGCGCAGCGCUGUCCCAAGGACGAGCCAGUGAAAGAAUUGUAUGUAUGUGCCACACUAGCUACAGUUUUGGCAGCUGGGUUUGUUACUGAUGCCAUCGGAAUUCAUGCCCUUUUCGGUGCGUUUGUGAUCGGGGUUCUUGUUCCAAAGGAAGGGGCUUUUGCAGGCGCUAUGGUGGAAAAGGUUGAGGAUCUUGUGUCUGGCCUCUUCCUUCCAUUGUACUUCGUGUCGAGUGGAUUGAAGACCGAUAUAGCAACGAUCAGUGGGGCUCAGUCAUGGGGCCUCCUUGUCUUAGUCAUUAUAACAGCUUGCUUUGGAAAGGUUGUUGGUACUGUGGCCGUUUCGCUCUUCUCCAAAGUGCCAUUACAGGAGUCUCUGGCUCUGGGCUUUCUUAUGAAUACUAAAGGAUUAGUGGAACUCAUUGUCCUCAAUAUUGGGAAAGACAGAAAGGUGCUCAAUGAUCAAACUUUUGCCAUCAUGGUUUUGAUGGCGGUUUUUACAACCUUCAUCACGACUCCUUUAGUGAUGGCAGUAUACAAGCCAACUAAAAGAUCCAAAAACUAUUACAAGGAUAGAUCUAUUGGGAAGAAAGGGACGAAUACCGAGCUCCGCAUCUUGGCAUGUUUUUACAGCAUAAGAAAUAUCCCCACCAUGAUCAAUCUCAUCGAGGCUUCCCGUGGGACUGAAAAGAAGGAGCGGCUUUGCGUCUAUGCAAUGCAUCUUAUGGAGCUCACGGAAAGGUCCUCCGCAAUUCAAAUGGUUCAGAAGGCAAGAAAAAAUGGGCUGCCCUUUUGGAAUAAGGAGAGUCAGUCAAACUCUGACCAAAUUGUUGUUGCGUUUGAGGCCUUCCAACAGCUGAGCCAAGUCUCCAUCCGUCCAAUGACAGCAAUCUCAGCAAUGUCCGAGAUGCACGAAGACAUCUGCAUGAGCGCUGAGAGGAAAAGGGCAGCAAUGAUAAUCCUUGUAUUUCACAAGCACCAGAGGUUGGAUGGCGCAUUGGAGACAACUCGUGCCGAGUUUCGAGGAGUCAAUAAGAAGGUUCUCGAGCAGGCUCCAUGCUCAGUUGGGAUAUUGGUUGACAGAGGACUUGGUGGAACCACACAUAUAUCUGCCAGCCAUGUUUCUUCAAACAUAACAAUCCUAUUCUUUGGUGGUCAUGAUGAUUGUGAAGCACUUGCUUUCGGAAUGCGAAUGGCUGAGCACCCUGGCAUCAGUUUAAAUGUCAUUCACUUAUUGCCAUGUCCGACAAUGACGACAAAGGCUAAAGCAAUAGUCACAGUGGAUAACCAAGAUAGUGACUCUAACAUUUCAUUUGAACCACAGGAUGAGAAUGCACUUGCUGAAUUGAAGCAAAAGCUUUCAGCCAACGGUUCGAUCAAAUACCAGGUGAAACGAGUGGAGAAUUAUUCCCAAUCAGUUGCGGCAAUAAAGGAGUUCAGUGGAUGCAAUUUGUUUUUGGUUGGGAGAAAUCCAGAAGGUGUAGUGGCUAAGGCUUUUAGUGUGAAGAGUGAAUGUCCUGAACUUGGCCCUGUUGGGAACUUGUUGACUUCUGCAGAUUUCACAACUACAGCAUCUGUUUUGGUGGUGCAACAACAUCAGGGUCAAACAGUUCCUUCUCCACUAUGAUCUGCUUCAUCAAAAGUUUGAAGACUUGAAGUGU